CGUCUCCGCUUCUUCUUUCUAUAAGCGCAGGCCGAUCUCUGACGGCGACGCCGCGGCGCACACCACUCGGGGACACACACACAUCCUUGUCGUGUCCUCUGCUCCCACUCGAAGAGUCCGGCACCACGCGGACUCCUCCGCCGCUCGCGGACCCGCACCAAUGGGGGAGGCCGCCGACCCAGCGCCGGCGGCCGCCAGGGGCCGCGUGGCGCCGCCGAUGCCGUGGCGGACGCGGCUCGCGGUGCUGGCCGCGGGGUACGUCACCGACGCCACCCGCCGCGCCGACGGCACCGUCAACCGCCGCCUGCUCGGCGUGCUCGACAAGGGCGUCGCGGCGUCGGCGGCCCCGCGGCACGGCGUCGCGUCCCGGGACGUCGUCCUCGACGCGGCCGUGCCCCUCCGCGCGCGCCUCUUCCACCCCGCCGCCGCCCGCCGCCCGCUCCCCGUGGUCGUCUUCUUCCACGGCGGCGGCUUCGCGUACCUCUCCGCGGCGUCCCCGGCCUACGACGCCGCCUGCCGCCGCAUCGCGCGCCACGCCGCCGCCGCGGUGCUGUCCGUCGACUACCGCCGCGCGCCCGAGCACCGCUGCCCGGCCGCCUACGACGACGGCCUCGCCGCGCUCCGCUUCCUCGACGACCCCGCCAACGCCGCCGCCGCCGACCCGCCGCUCGACCCCGCGCGCUGCUUCCUCGCCGGCGACAGCGCGGGCGGCAACAUCGCGCACCACGUCGCGCGCCGCUACGCGCUGGACCCGUCGCGCUUCGCCGCCGUCCGCCUGCGGGGGCUCGUCGCCAUCCAGCCCUUCUUCGGCGGCGAGGAGCGCACCCCCGCCGAGCUCCGCCUCGACGGCGCGCCCAUCGUCAGCGUCGCGCGCACCGACUGGAUGUGGCGCGCGUUCCUGCCCCCCGGCGCCGACCGCGCCCACGAGGCGUGCUCGCCCGACGCCGCCGUGGCCGGCCUCGAGGCCGCGCCGGCGUUCCCGCCGGCCACGGUGGUCGUCGGCGGGUACGACCCGCUGCAGGACUGGCAGCGCCGGUACUGCGACGCGCUGCGCGGCAAGGGGAAGGAGGUGCGGGUGCUCGAGUACCCCGGCGCCAUCCACGCCUUCUACGUGUUCCCGGAGUUCGCGGACGCCAAGGACCUGAUGCUGAGGAUCAAGGACAUCGUCGCCGGCAGCGGCAGCGAGUGAUAGAUGAUGCCGGGCCGCCCGAGCGGAAUUCAGGUUGGAGGUAGCGGAGGAUUUGCGUCGGGUGGGUGACUGGGGUCAGUGACGUGGACUGGGACGUUGGGAUGUUGUGUGACGUGGACCUCAUCGAACAAGGCGUCCAGACGUGUGGGAUCCGUCAGCACAAGUGUAACCAGUGUGGGAUCAAGGAUGACGUUUUUCUUCUUCUUUUUUU